CGCAAUUCUUAACGUUCAGAUACAUUGGCUGGUGACUCGUAUUUUUAGUGGCUGCAAUGGAUGCUGUUUGAGUUAUUCUUGCUUUCAUCCAUUUCAUAAGUUCAAUUCGUCCACUCAAGGACACCUACACAUUCCUUCUGCACACUGUCUUUACCACCUUCUAUACUUCCUUCCGAAUCCUCCGAUAACCGAAAUCAUCUAUAUCAUACAACACCGAACCAAGGAAAAGCACAAAAGCAUUACUUUUCAUAAGACCAAAGUUACAUAACCAGCAUGCCAUACAUCAACACAGACACCCCCUCCAAACCUAAUUCAUCUUCCAGCAAUGGAUUCGAGAACCUCGUCCAAGAUCUAAGUGACGCUUUGGGUCCGAGCUCGGGUCUAGAUUCCGAUGACAUUGAUCCAAUGGACAUCCUGCGCUUAAUGGAACGAUAUGAUUCGAAUCCAGAUGAAUGGCUUUCCUUUGCGCUGGGAGACUCGAAAAAGAACUACACAAGGAACCUCAUCGAUGAGGGCAAUGGCAAGAGCAAUUUGCUCAUCCUAGUCUGGAGCCCUGGAAAGGGAAGCGCAAUACAUGAUCACGCCAAUGCACACUGUGUCAUGAAGAUUCUCAAAGGCUCUCUGAAAGAAACCCUCUAUGCCUGGCCAGACCAAGACAAGCUGCAGAAUGGAGAAUCGUCUCCACCGCAAAUAAAAAAGGAGACUAUAUACGGUGAAAAUCAGGUUACGUAUAUGUCCGACAAGCUGGGCCUUCAUCGAAUCUCGAAUCCGGAUCCUAAUGAUUAUGCCGUGUCGUUGCAUUUAUACACUCCUCCCAACGCAGCAACGCACGGCUUCUCAGUCUUUGACGAUAAGACCGGCAAAGCCUGUCAUAUCAAGACGUCGCAUGUUUAUUCGGUCCGGGGGGAGAGGUGUUGAUUUGAGUCGCUGUUUGUUCUUUUUUAUCCUUAUACCACCCCUACUUAUCCUUAGCUUGGUGAUUGCGUUCUGUUGUAUGGCGUCUUGUCAUUCGAUAUCCAUCUGCUGUUUGUGAAAUAGAUUAGAUGAGGGCAUGUAAAUAUUCUCAGAAGGUUGAGGAGCUGCUGACUAGCGCAAACCUCUCACAACGCAUCAUAGCUCUUUCAUUCGCUCAAUAAAACC